UCGGCGCGUAUCGACUGUGACGGUCGGUCCUCAGCACACCGCCAUGUACUCGGCGGGACGAGGAGGCUGCGCGCAGGCGCGCGCCAGGCGCUCGAUAGGCGCACGCAGGCCGCGCGGAGCGGGCGCGGUUGGGCCAGUGUCGAGCCAGGCGCCCCGAGCGCCGCCCGCCCGUCGUCGUCGGCGCGUGUUGCGAUGAAGCAACACAAAGAUCUACUGAGAAGGUCAUAUAAUGCUAAAGUUACCCAAAGGCCUUAAAAAGAAGAAAAAAGGCAAAAAAUCAAAACGAAAAGGAGAGGACGAAUUAUUUACUGAAGAAGAGCUCGAAAAAUACAGAAGAGAACAUCAACACCCUGAUAACGGAGAGGCAUCGACUAAAGAAAAUGAAGAAUGGUCCAAAUUUAAGGAUUUGACAACCGGAGUUGAUACUGUACUAAAAAAAACUCAAGGUGAUCUUGAUCGUAUAAAAUCUACGUCCUUCUUUCAGCGUGUUAAAUCAGUUCCAAAAGAAGCUAAACCUGCGAAGGAAGAACUUCAUCGACCCGUAGUCGAAGUUACCGAAGCAGACUUUCCUCAACUUCUUGCCGCUAAAGCAGAAGCUGAGAACGAAGAUAAAAGCGAUUACGGAGUCACUGACGACGAGUCGGAAUACGAAGAAGAUCAAGACGAUAUAUUUGAUACUUCGUACGUUGAUGCCGUUGAACGAGGUGAAGUCAAGCUUGCCUACGUUCCAGAUUCCCCGGAAGAGUUUCAAGACGAUGACAUAUUUGAUACCUCUCAUGUAGAUGCUCUUAUCAAGGGGCAAGAGGGGAAAAGUAUUAAGGGUAAGAAAGCAUUAGAUAUAGGCGUUGCUGUUGAAGUACUAACUGGUCGUAUAGAUAAUGUUAAAAUCACUACUAAACGACCAAAAAGGAUUAUACCAGGUGAUUUAUUAUUAGAAAGUACUGACGGGGAACCUUUACCAAUUUCAACAUCCGCUGUUAGUGAGCCAGUGGAAAAAAGUAUAUUAGAUCUUGACACUGACGUACCCAUUACGACUCCAAUAGACCUUAGUGUUUCUUUACAUACUUCGUUAAUACAGCAAAAGAAAGCGGAAAGCUUAGAAGAGACAACAGUUUUACCAAUCGAAGUAACAGAAACUAAUAGUGCUGAAACUGAGAUUGAUGAAUUUGCACUAUUAGCGGCAGAAUCACUAGAGGUUAAAUCCACUGUUAUCAAACUAGAAGAAAAAGAAAUAGCAGUUGAGCCAGUUUUACAAGAGUCUUGGUCAGUAUUUGAAGCCGAUAAAAACGAAUCUGUUUUUGCAGAAGGCAUUGUUGAAGACCAAUUAGAUGUAAUAGAUCCAUACCUUGAUCAAGAUGACCCUUUCGACACAAGUUUUGCUGAUGCUGUGAUUCCAGCUACCCACCAUAAAGAAAUAAAACAAGAAGCGGUUAUAUUGGAAGACGACGACGAUUUUGACCCUCGAGCGGAAGAAGUUCAAAUACAUUUAAAUAACAGGCGAAAAUCUUCUGUGCGUAUUCAUUUGAUAAAUCCUUCGGGUGUAAGAGAGUCUAUUACUUCUGAUGAUACCUUAGACCCAGAAGAAAGUGUAACUACAAGGGACCUUUUAGGAGGAAGUACUACUGAUUUAUCUCAGUUGGGAGAUUCACCUUUGGAUCCUGUAGAUAUCAAUAACGGGGAAGUAGAUCCAUUUGACACAACAAUUGUUGAUAAAAUCGUAGCACCUGGAAAAGUAGAGUUAAAGUUGUUAGAACAAGAACUGAUUGGAAGUGCACCCUCCACGUCUAUAUUUCGAGUGCCCAGUGAUCCUGACUUUGAUCCUAGAGCUGAUGAACCUAUACAAUCAGAAAGAAGAGCAUCGCGUCCUGAAAAUCUUAUUGUAAGUAAAAGUGUGGUCUUCGAUGUUGAUGGAGCAGAGUCAUCGGAGUUAGAUAGUAAAUUUAAAUCAGGAAAACCGUUGACACCAUAUUAUACUAGGGAAGUUUCCAUAACUGAAGAUUUAGACGAAGAAGCGGAGACUUUUGAUAAAGUACCAGAAGUUCUAACAAGAGCUCGCUCCGAGGAAGAUUUGACAACAAACACCGUUUACCCUCGGAAUAAGCGGCGACACUCAGAGUUCCCUCAAUCGGCUCAAAAUAUAAGUAAUUCAAAGGCGAGUGACUUGCUUCACGGCAAACCUAACGAAAUAGAGGUUAAGGUAUUGACACCGAUCGGCCCGCCUGCCAAGCACGCCUCUGCCAAAGUAGAGUCCGAUCCAUUCGAUACUUCGUUUGCUACAAAUAUUGCACCGAGUAAAACUGAAUUGAAGUUAUUAGCAAAGGAAUUCUCCUGCGACGAUACUGCUCCUGACGGCGAACCUGACUUAUUAGAAACUUCAGACGAUAUUUUUCAUAUUAAAGCGCUCACCCCAGAACCGCCUGAUACUCAAAGCUCAAAAGAAGAAGAUUUUGAUCCAUUCGAUACUUCGUUUGCCAGUGAUCUUAAUCCCGGUCGAACUGAAAUUAAAUUACUCGAUAUGAAUGACAUGACGGCGCCAGUGUCGGCAACUGAAAUCCUGAAUCCCUUCAUGAUGUCCGAUCCGGAACCCUCUGACGUCGGAACCGGAGAUAACCCGUUCGCAGCCAGCAAUCCCUUUUCAGAUUUCGGUGACACCUAUGAACCGCAAGUCGGCGACACGGUGCCCGCGGACAUCUUCGGGGGCGCCGAGCCCGCAGCCGUCUGCGCCAAACAGUUUACCGAUAUCGACGCUAUCGAUGUAUUCGGAAACCAAACUGUCGAAGCUGAAAGACUUAUGAAACCGACUGAACUCGAGCUGGUCUCCACCAUCGUCGACUGCAGCUAUUCGAACGAAGACGACACCAGAGAGUCACGGCCGGCGAUGCGCCCGUUGCCUACCGAAACACAAAAUCUAAUCUUAACAGUGACAGGACAAAUGGAAUUUACGAGUUCCGAUUUGUUAGAUCGUAUCCCGCCGACGCGCACUCCGAGUCCCGUUUCGGUACGCGACAUCCAUUCGCCCAGCCCCACGCCCGAGCCCGACCUGUUCGAGGAGCCCCCCGCCGCCGCCGCCGUCGCCGCCGCCCCCGCCGCCGCCGACUUCAACCGCAACAAGCCCGCCCGGCCGCCGCCCGCGCGCCCGCCCCGCCCCGCGCCGCCGCCGCGCCCGGCGCAGGCGCCGCCGGCCGCCGCCGACGAGAUCAACCUCUUCGACGCUCCCGUCCCGACUGUUGUGAAACCUACCAAAGAAGCGAUCUUGAGUUUGUAUUCCGUUCCGAAAAAAGAAGAGAAACAAAUAGAUUUUCUGAGCGACGACAUACCGGAGCUGUCGUCCGAGGUCCCGCAGUCUCGUCCGACAGACAUAACGUUGACGUCUACGACGACCGACUCCGCUGGCUCGCUAUUCACUGAGCCGGUCGCUUCGGUCGCGCCCGCCUUCACUGAGCCGGACACUCCCGACGCAGCGUUCGCCGCGUCGACGUCGACUCCCGUCGUGGAGGCGGAGGUGCCGAUGGACUGCUCCGAGCCGUCGGCAGAAAUUCCUUCCUCGUUGAACGCGUCCCCGUUCGCCGAUAUUACCGAAUAUCAAGUUCACCCAAUCAACGAGACCGAUAAAAAUCCGUUCGAAAGCGACGACAUGAGAGAUGACAGUCUUUUCGGUGCAGAAGUCCUCAAAUCCGAGGACGUUCACAUGACUCCGAACGUCGACGACACUCCUUUCACCGUAAACGACGUUUUCGUUUCCGCGCCUCCGUCCAACGUCAGCGGGUCUCCCAUGGACGCGUUCGGCGCCAGCGCAGACGAGCGAGCCGACGACGCGUUCGCAGCGCACGCGCAGCCCGCGUCGGCGCCCGACGUCGGCUGGGACGCGAGCGAGUCGAUGGGCGAGGAUCCUUUUCCUAAGUCACAGGACGCCUUCGACGCCUUCUCCGCUAAGUUCGAUUCCACCGGAGCGAAUCAAAUGUAUACAGACGCGUGGGGCGACAACGGCGCCGACGACGUCGGGCCCGCCGGCUUCGAGGCCGAAGCGUUCGACCCGUUCCUGAGCAUGGGCGCGCCCCCGCCGCCCGCCGCCACGCCGCGCCUCGAGCACCAGGACUCGCGAGACUCUGCGGACGACACGUUCUCCGUGUUCAUUCGACCCAAGGAGGCAGACGCGAGCGGAGCGGAGAGCGUGCCGGCGCUGGCGCCGCCGCCGCGGCCGCAGGCGCCGCCCGACGCGGCGCGCGUCAACCCCUUCGACGCGAGCGGCGCCGAGCCGUCCUCUACCUCCACAGAGCAGGGCCGGGCGCGCGCCGGCAGCGGCGCCGAGACGCCGCCCACGCCGCUGUUCGACGACGACGUGUCGGUGCCGCUGGAGGACUUCCCGCGCGUCAAGUACGGCGGGCCCGGCUGGGAGAUGCAGCUGCGGCAGCCCAACAAGAAGAAGAUCACCGGCCAGAGGUUCUGGAAGAAGAUAUUCGUGCGUCUGGCGAUGCAGGGCGACAGCCCGGUGGUGCAGCUGCUGAACAGCGCGAGCGACAAGGAGCCCCUCCAGGAGCUGCCGCUGCAGGCGUGCUACUCCGUGUCCGAGGUGGGCGCGCAGCAGUUCGACCAGUUCGGCAAGAUCUUCACUGUCAAGCUGCAGUACGUCUUCUACAAGGAGCGACCUGGCGUCAGGCCGGGCCAGGUGACGAAGGCGGAGCGCAUCACCAACAAGCUGUCGCAGUUCGCAGCCUACGCCAUCCAGGGCGACUACCAGGGCGUCAAGGAGUUCGGCAGCGACCUGCGCAAGCUGGGCCUGCCCGUGGAGCACGCGCCGCAGGUGUCGCAGCUCUUCAAGAUCGGCUCGCUGAACUACGAGGACAUGAAGCAGUUCUCGUGCUGCGUGGAGGAGGCGCUGUUCCGGCUGGCGGCGCACCGCGACCGCGCGCUCGCCUACAAGAUGGAGGAGGUGCAGAUCACGGCGGUGGACGAGCUGUACGUGGAGCAGGACGCGGAGGGCUCGGUGCUCAAGCAGAUCGCGCGCGUGCGGGUCUUCUUCCUCGGCUUCCUGAGCGGCAUGCCGGACAUCGAGCUCGGGGUGAACGACCUGCGGCGGCAGGGGCGCGAGGUGGUGGGGCGCCACGACAUCAUCCCCGUCGCCACGGAGGAGUGGAUCCGCGUCGAAGAGCCCGAGUUCCACGCCUGCGUGCAGCCGCAGGCCUUCGACGACGAACAGAUCAUUAAGUUCAAGCCACCUGACGCGUGCUACAUCGAGCUGAUGCGGUUCCGCGUGCGCCCGCCGAAGAACCGCGAGCUGCCGCUGCAGCUGAAGGCGGCGUGGUGCGUCGCAGGCAACAAGGUGGAGCUGCGCGCGGACGUGCUGGUGCCGGGGUUCGCGUCGCGCGCGCUGGGGCAGGUGCCGUGCGAGGACGUGGCCAUCCGCUUCCCCAUCCCCGAGUGCUGGAUCUACCUCUUCCGCGUCGAGAAGCACUUCCGCUACGGCUCCGUUAAGUCGGCGCACAGACGCACCGGCAAGGUGAAGGGCAUCGAGCGCUUCCUGGGCGCCGUGGACACGCUGCAGGAGUCGCUCAUCGAGGUGACGUCGGGCCAGGCCAAGUACGAGCACCAGCACCGCGCCAUCGUGUGGCGCAUGCCGCGCCUGCCCAAGGAGGGCCAAGGCGCGUACACGACGCACAACCUGGUGUGCCGCAUGGCGCUCACGUCGUACGACCAGGUGCCGCAGGAGCUGGCGCGCCUGGCGCACGUGGAGUUCACCAUGCCGGCCACGCAGGUGUCCCACACCGUGGUGCGCUCCGUGUCGCUGCAGCAGCACGACGGCGAGCCGCCCGAGAAGUGCGUGCGCUACCUGGCGCGCCACGAGUACAGCGUGGGCAUCGAGCGCACCAGCGGCGGCGCCGCGCCCGCCUACGCGCUCGCCGCCGGCAGGGAGCCCGCGCCCGCGCCCGCGCCCGCCGCCGCGCCCGCGCCCGCGCCGCCCUCCUCCGACUCCGACUCCGACUAGAGCAUGCCAAAACCCACCGCGACUAUUUCGUCUCCUGAACGACGAUUUGGCUAGCCUUCUAAGUAUUUUUAAGACAGGAAUGUACCUAUCUACUUAAUAUCUCAGCAUCUAUUUAUAACUAAAUGAUAAACACACAUAUUUAUGAAGAUAUUUAUAUUUGUAUAGAUACCUACGUAUAUUUAUUUUAGAGAAGUGUACAAUUGUGCGAGUCUGCGAGCGAACGCGCUCGUCCACUGCAAUGACGUCGUGUACUCGCAGUCACCCGCUACCGCGUCGUAUGAGUGCAGAAACGCACCCAAUUACUCGACGUUUACAUUUAGAGAGUAGAAGGCAGCGUUCGCUAAAUUGUUAAUGCAACCUGAUGUACCUCCGGAGUGCUGAUCACAGAGAGCAAGCGCGCGCUCGUGCGGCAGCGGCAGCGGCAGCGGCAGCGGCAGCGGCAGCGGCAGCGGCAGCGGCAGCGGCGUGACGAGUCUGCGCACUCGCAUGCGAAUGAAGUAUAAAUUGCCGUUAGCGGUGUUACUCUUAUCUGAAUCCACGUAAAUAUUACAGAUAAAUUUAGAGAGUAGACAAAAAAUGUGUAUAUAAAUAAUAAAUUUACCUGUAAUGUAUUGUAAUGAACAUUAGCGAAGUAACGACCAUCCCACCGCGCACGUCGCGCACACGGCGCGGGCGCGGCUCGCGUGUGAGCUUACACUACACCUAUAUGAUAUCAUUAUUAUAUUAUAUAAUUAUGUAAUUUAACGCCUAAUCAGAAUGUUGUUAGAGUGCGCGUUAACUAUUAGAACUCCGCCACGUAGGUAGGUACGAGUCCUAGAGCGACACGACUGUCGCGUUGCGCACUGCGGACUGAGCGUACGCAUACGCUUCCUCUAUAUUAUAUUCAUAUAUUGCAGUAGAUAAACCUAUUUAAACUUGAGAUGAAAAUAUAUUAGAAAUAAAGGUCCAAUUAUGUUAACUUAUUACACUUAUGUUGCACAGCGAAGCUGAAGAGAUGUAAAGUAAACGUUUUACUUACAAGCUGUACCUAUGUUACAUAUACCUACCUACCAACACGUGUGUGCUAGCACUGCUACUCGUAUGCUCGCCAUGCUCCGGAAGCGUAUUCCUGUAGCGGACUGCGUACCGCGCACGCCGCGUACCUACUCUGGAUACGCUCAGCUGUAAGGCAGCAAGGCUACACUCACGCUUAGCUUUCGUACUCGCCGCCUCAUUUGUUACUGUCUGUACCUGUUUGUAUCGCCGGCAGUCGGCGCCGCCCCCAGAGGUGCGGUAGUGUCGUUUGUAUCUCGAGCACAAAUUCAACAAAGUUACCAAUUUAUAGUGUAAUAUAAAUCCGUUUCUGUUAAUUGCUGUUGAUGAUAUUCCAGUCGGCAUCGCUUAUAUUAAACUUCCAUUGUAUAUACAUAGAUGGGGCUGAUGUGGAAUCAUAAUACUCUGUAGUGUGUAGUCGCUGUACUGAGUGUAGAUAUAUAUUAAUAGAUUGAUCGGAUAUUGUUGUGCAAAACUUUAUUGUUUGUUGUUGAAAUCAUAUUAUAGUCCCUUCGAGUCGACGACUUGUCACAUAUUAUGCGCUGGCGUACAUAGCUACCCCGUAGUGUAAUGGAGCUGACACAUAAUUAUAUCGAUUGUUGUAUCCGUUCUGCGUAUAGUUCAAAGAGUAAAAUGUAUUGGUAUAGUUAUUCCGCGGCGUUCAGAGGAGCGCGACGGCCGCAGGCGGAGACGCGAUGGUCGCGUUGCCGUCGCGCCUCGCUUGCGCUGAGAGACGACGUAAUGUUUUGUUGUCAAUAAAAUUACUACCAUUGUGA